GAAUACCAAAACCAUGAAUUAGUUGAAAAUCUGAACUUAUCAAGAGCGGCAGUGACGGCAGUACCAGCUCCAAACUUCAAGCACAUAUUGAGAGAUCAUCUCUUGGUUUAUGCACUUCAAAAAAGAAUAAAGCACAUGUUGCAAACACUACAAAAAACCUGAUAACACGCGAUCGCAACUACUACUGAAACUGGAAGUGGAACUAGAACUGGAACUGGACUAGAGCUGUACCAAGAUCGCAAUCUCUCAUCCCUCUCUGUUUCUUUCUGAGCACAAAUACACACGCGGACACACAACUGACCUGACCUUACGCCAAAAUGGCCCUGAUUCACAGUAUUCUCACAGGCCUGCUCCUGGUUUCCCUCUGGGUGGCAUCGGUCUUCACAGUGUCCAGCACAUGGGGCAACAUUUCCAAUUCGGCGCAAUUACUUCAUGUUGAGAAUGUGAUGAACGGUUCCUCGCCGGGCAAAUACGUCGAUCAUGAGAUUAAAUAUCCCACAAAUGGCAUUGGUAAUGGGCGAAUCAUCACGGGCAUCCGGGCAUUUGACCAGGUGACAAACAACACUGGAGGCCAUGCUACGAUUUACUCUGGAGGCCCAGGUUUUAACUUUGUCAACAUGAAACUACAAUCGCAGUAUAAUUAUGGCUUAAUAUUUCGUGUUGAAAUCUAUGGAAACUAAAUCAUCUUACCAUUCUCUCUAAAUACCUAUGUUAUUUGGGGAUUUUGUUUAAGCAAUAAUAAAAAAACUUGAGAUGCGAGUAAAUACAAUUUGUAAAUUAUAUAAGUUAGUUGAAUAAGACUUUAAUGUACACGUUUAUCGAUUGUCAUUGCUCUGUAUAGAAUAAAUAAAUAUAGAAGCGCAAAUCUA